AGCCGGCUGCGCCAGGGGGAAAGGGAAGCCAGCAAGGCGAGCGCCGGGGCCGUCAACAACAAGCGUCCAGCCAGACCACGCUACAGGAAGCCGUAGCCUCCAGUGAUAAAUAGGAGACCCAGGAGCACAGGAUGCGCGCAGGGCCAGCUCAGCGGGACGAGGGGAUGUGAGCCGGCAGCUGACGAGUCCCUCCGUCCGUCCAUCCAGCCAGCGGGAUGGACAUCGCUCGGCUGCUGCUGCUGCUGCUGCUGCUGCUGGUGCGGGGGUCCAGCGGGGAGGAGGACGAGGUGGUCUGCGCCGGCACCGCCUGCUACACCCUGCACCGGGCCCAUCUGGACUGGAGCAGCGCCCAGAAACGCUGCCACCAUAACGGCGGCAAGUUGGCUCCGGCCCGCAGCCCCGCCGAGGCCCAGCAGCUGCAGGAGCUGCUGGCGGCGGCCGGCUGGCCUGGCCCGGCCUGGAUCGGGCUGUCACUGUCGCGGGGACGCUGCGUUCAGCCCCAGGAGCCGCUGCGGGGCUUCACCUGGGCGGCCGGCGAGGAGGCCGGCAACUACUCAGCCUGGCUGUCUGAGCCCGCCGUCACCUGCCUCAGCAGCCGCUGCGUCAGCCUGCAGCUGGCCGGACCCUCCGGCAACCCCGGCUGGGCUGCCCGCCCCUGCCGGGCCCCGCUGCCCGCCUUCCUCUGCAAGUUCAUCUUCCAGGGGAUGUGCGGGCCCCUGCCGCUGGCCGGGCCUGGCCGGGUCACCUACGACACCCCCUUUGGGGUGCGCAGCCCCCGGCUGGCGGCAGCCCCCUUUGGCACGCUGGCAGAGGCCGACUGCGAGGGGGGCGAGCACCCAGCCUUUGCCGUCUGCAAGGGGCCAUUGGAGGGGGGUGGCUUUGCCUGGCACCCCCCCGGGCCCCUCUGUCCCACCACCUGCGCCCACCGCAAUGGAGGCUGCCAGCACCGCUGCCUGGAGGCACCCGGGGAGCCCCCGCACUGCGCCUGCCAUCCUGGCUACGCCUUGGCCCCUGACAUGGCCUCCUGCCUGCCCGAGGACGCCUGCCACCCCAACCCCUGCCAGGGGACCUGCUGGACCCGGCCUGAAGGCUUCGAGUGUGGCUGCAAGGCCGGCUACACCCUGGCGCCCGAUGGCCGCCAUUGCCUGGACGUGGACGAGUGCCUGGCUGGGCCCUGCCAGCACGAGUGCCGCAACACAGCCGGCAGCUUCGUCUGCCUCUGCCGGCCCGGCUACCAGCCAACAGGGCCUGGUGGCCACUACUGCCGUGAUGAGGAUGAGUGUGCCCAGCCUGGCGUCUGCCCCCAGCUCUGCCUCAAUGUCCCUGGAUCCUUCCACUGCGCCUGCCGGCCUGGCUACCAGCGCCAGCCCGGCAGCGAUGCCUGCCUGGACGUGGACGAAUGCCUGCGGGACCCCUGCCCUGGGCCCUGCCACAACCUGCCUGGUGGCUUUGAGUGCAUCUGCCCGCCCGGCUUCCUCCUCGAGGAGGAUGGACAUGGCUGCCAUGCUGCACCCACCGCCGGAGAGGAGCCUGCAGUGGUCCCUAACAGCACCCCGCAGACCACAGCCACCCCACGGACCGCAGGCGCCCUGCAUACCACGGACAUCCUCCAGACCACGGACAUCCUCCAGACCACGGGUGCCCCAUGGACUGCAGGCACCCCCCAGACCUUGGGCAUCCCCAUCGGGGCAACACCUCCGGCACCCACAGCAGUAGGGCUGGUGCCCAGCCCUGAGCAUAGUGCCGAUGGCCCCAGGCUGCUCCUCUACUACAUCUUGGGUAGCCUGGUAGCCAUCUUGCUGCUGCUGGCCUUCGCCCUGGCUCUGCUGGCCUACAGGAAGAGGGCAGCCAAGCAGGAGAAGCGGCCGGCCAAAAGCGCGGCGGACAACUACUGCUGGGUGCCCGAGCAGCCAGAGAGCCGUGGGGUGGGCGGCGAGCGCAGGUAACGGCACCGGGGGCAGCGUGAGGGGACACGGAGCCACGAGUGACAGAGAGCAUUUUUGCAAAUUAAAAAGAAAAAAUAAAAGGCGAGGAGGGGACGCUAUUUGUUUUAAAAUGGUUCUACAUGUCUGAGAGUCUGUCCUGGGGUUCCUUGUGAAGCGGGAGCUGAUCUCUCCCCGCCACCCCACCCCCCCAAAAAAAAAAGGUAGGUCUCAGCGCUGGGUGGGAAGGCAGCCCAAGUCAGUCUUGAGGUUUAUAAACCAGCCGCCGCUCCUCCGAGGGAAGGGUUAAACUCCACCUUAGUUGGGAGUUGGGACUGAAUGGGGUUGAAGUUGCCUGCCAGGGCUGCUCCUCAGCUCUGCAGAACCUCACUGUGCUUAAAAAUAGCGAAUUAUAAAUAUUGAUUUGUCUUCCUAAAGGGAAACAGUUAAUUUCAUUUUUCGUUUCCUCUCCCCUACCUAAAUUUGAAAUGCUGACAGGCAAAAGCAGCAGAUUCCAUGUCCUGUCCCCGCAGCUCCCCCAGUCCUUUGCCAUCCCCAAAGUAAUGCUAGUCUCCCCCUCGCCUGCCUGGCAGCAGGCAGCCUGCAUUCAACCUUUGUUUUCGUCUUGGUCUCAUUAAAAUGGGUUCGAAAUUCUUUGUUUCACCGGCGCAAGAACUAGUCUCUGCAGCCACAAGCAGGGUUUUUUUAAGUUUGUUUUUUCGUUUGUUUUGUUUUUUUAAAAAAAUGAUGUUACAUCAGAGGUAACUGGAUAAACAUUUUUAAAAUUGCAGCCGCAGAGAUCGUCUCCAGGGGAGGAGACGCCGUAAGGUUAGCGGAUCAUCCCUGCAGCUCCCCGGACAGACCCGUGAGGGGAGCCUGCGGGAUGGCACUGGGUUUGGAGCAAUGCUUCCCCCAGGGCAUAAGGGCAAGACCUUAAUCUGCCCCAUGGGCGCAGGGGGUGCACAGCACAGGGAAAGCUGUUCCACUCGUAGACAAGGAGCCAAGGCAGAGAAUAUAUGGUAAAAAGGUAUGAAAAACUAUGUUUAGAAGAACCACCUACCUGUUCCCAGUGUGUUCAGUUUAAAACCACUUGUAAAAUACAGAAAACAAUGCUCUCCUUCAAAUGCAGCCAGAUGAGAGACCAGACUUUUCCUGUUGGAUUGUAUUUUUUGGGUAGGACCCCUUCCUGAUUGUCUGGGGCCCAGGCUGAGUGCAUUUUCUAUCCCUCCCCUUGUGAAGAAUACACUGGAUGUUGUAUAUUUGCGCAUUAUUAUGUAUAAAACUUUUAACCCCGCUUCAAAGCAAAUGCUUUCUCAGGGCAAAGAUGUUCCCCAGUCUUCCUCAGGUAUCUAACUUCAGAGAGCUGUUUAUACUCAGGCACUCCUGACAAUGCAACGUCUUGGAGCUGUUUUCAGCGUGAAUCCUCCCCAGAAAACUAAGGGGCACCGGGGCCAUCCCUGCUUCUCAUCAAGCAGUGCUAGCUUCGUUAUUUACCCAUGCUCUACAAGGCAAAAAAGCGCUAGAAAAGAAGAGGCAUGUGAUUUGAAGGGUACAUGAGUUUCCUGAAGUUUCUGCUGGUUUUAUUGUAUACUUGAGGAUUAAUUGCUACAGAAAUGGGAACUGAACACAAAGGUGUUUACUGUAGGCAGCGACCUGCAUCCUGUUCUUCCAUGUGUGGAGGAAAACCCUUUCCUGCUGGGUUUUUUUUUUUUUGGUCUUCAUUUCUCCAUUGUAAACUUAAAAAAAAACCAAGACAGGAAAAUGUAGCUGAUAGAAAUGUUUUUGAUGUUCUGUCCAUGCUUCCUUUUCUCCGCACAGCGGCGGGGAGAAGCAGUGAAUGCAGCAGCGGCAUUCUUGGAAGUCCCACAGAAAAUUCAUACCCUGUCUGUGUUAUGACAAGCCAGCAAAGCAUUUUGAAUACAUGAAUAAAUUAAGCAAACGAAUAAUCCUACCGAAAUCAGUGGGACAACAUACAUACAUAAAAUUAUGCCUGCGCUGUCUGGCUAUGCCGACUCAGGGUCUGCAUGGGGAAAAGGCAGUCACAGUGACGUGCCUCACAUUGCAGGGACUACUCGGUUUGCUUCAUGGAAAGCUGAGGCAUUUUCCAGAUCUUAACAGUCUCAGGAGCGUUUCUGCCUUAUUUUUCAGUUAAGGUAUCAAUUAAUUGUUGUAUACAACACUUAUUCCACUAUGAAAAAGGGAAAAGGAAGCAUGAGUAUGGGCUCAGAGCCGGUGCAAAUCUGAGAGGUGUUAUUUAUUCCAGAAAUUCCUCAGUAAAACCUAUAAUCGUGAUUUCUGUUACGACCUUUGUGUAUUCUGGCAUGCGUACUGUAUUACCAAUGGAGCAUGGCAGUGGGUCCAGCCUAGGGAAGACACUAAUUUGUGCUCAGGUUUAGUUUGGGUAUUUUUGAGUAUUUCCUGAUGUAGCAUCCUUCACCCCGGUACAAUUACACCUGGAUAAUCUCAUGUCUCCCUUUCAUCCUGCCAUGAACACAGCAGGAAUGUUUUGAUCCGUGUCCUUGUUAGGGAGUUAUCUAGGGCCCGGUGAAUCCCGUGGACUAAAGAAAAUAGGAACGGGACCAGAUAGUUUGGUACCCCGUCUUACAGUCAGAGGAGACGGGAUGUUCAUCCUGGCCCGAGGGGGUUUUGCCCCUGUGCCUGGGGCCGCUACCUCUGCUCCCCGUUCCUUCUGUAUAAAAGAGGUGCAAUUCGAAGCAAGACCUAUAACUGCCCUGCGGUCACCAUGGCAGGACAGGCUAGCCAACAUGUCUGAAAUGCUUUGUACAUAUCAAACUGGUUUGUAACGAAGUAAGCGUUAUAUUUUUACAGUCCAGAAUUCAGACACGCCUCGGCCUUUGUAGAAAUGGGAUGCCAGGACUGAAUUUUACUUUGUCACCUGCGUGGCAAUGGCACAGUACCACGUCCUUGCAGUUGCCUUUGACUAAAGAAAUAAGGCUAUCCCACAUGUUGAAUAACACUGUAUGUUGCUUUUCUGAUGAAACACUAAUAAAAUCUAAACAGAAUGUGUUUUCA